AUGAAAGAUCUCGGUCCACUAAGUUUCUUCCUUGGAAUUUCUGUUAAGAGACACAAAGGUACUAUGUUCCUCUCUCAACAAGUUUAUGCGAAUGAAAUAAUUGAGCGAGCCGGGAUGCAAUCUUGCAAUCCCGUGGCCACACCGGUUGAUACUCACACCAAGUUAAGUUCGAAUGCGGGUGAAGGUUUCGAGAACCCCACUCUUUAUCGUAGUCUUGCUGGGGCAUUACAAUACUUAACCUUCACCCACCCCGACAUUAGUUACGUCGUUCAGCAAGUUUGCGUGUACAUGCAUGACCCGAAGAUUGAUCAUUGGCUUGCUUUAAAAAUAUCAUUCGCUAUAUCAAAGGGACAACAUCGUAUGGUCUUACACUUGGUGUCUCUACGAACCCAUCUCUUCUUGCUUAUUCGGAUGCGGAUUGGGUGGGAUGCUCGGAUACUCGACGCUCAACUAGUGGGUAUUGUGUUUAUUAUGGUGACAAUCUAA